GAUUACGUGGCACCUCACCCAUUUAACUCAGUCCAGUGGUCUGAAAAUCGUUUCGCUCUCUAAAAACCAAAACUCUUAUCUUCGGUACAGAGCAAAUCACAGCUCCCGAUGGCCGCCACGUCAUCAUCACCGCCGUGUAACAUCUCCGCGUCCUCCCUCCUCCUCCGUCAACCUUCUCGCUCAAUCCUUAAAGUGUUCGGUUUAUUACCACCUGUAAGUAGGAAUAACCGUAAACUCGGCCGGUUAACGGUGACCCGGUCUAAUCUGGCGCAGGAUUUUCUUGGUGACUUCGGAGCUCGUGACCCUUACCCGGAGGAGAUAGCGAGUCAAUUCGGAGAUAAAGUGUUGGGAUGCCAAAGCACUGAGCACAAGAUUUUGAUACCAAACGCAUCUGUUUUGUCUCUCUCCCAGCUUCAGUGUUCCCCUGUUUCGUCUUCACAGCCUCCUUUGUCCGGCGAUGAUGCCAGAACUCUCCUCCACAAGGUUUUGGGAUGGAGUAUAGUGGAUAAUGAAGCGGGUGGUCUGAAAAUAAGGUGUAUGUGGAAAGUGAGGGAUUUUGGGUGCGGUGUUGAACUCAUAAACAGGAUCCAUAAGGUUGCUGAAGCUUCUGGUCAUUACCCUUCUCUUCACUUGGAAAGUCCUACCCAAGUUCGAGCUGAACUAUUUACCUCUUCUAUCGGAGGGUUGAGCAUGAAUGAUUUCAUAAUGGCGGCUAAAAUAGAUGAUAUCAAGACUUCUGAUCUUUCCCCUAGGAAAAGAGCUUGGGCGUGAUCUUCUUUUCAUUAUUUUGGAACAUUUUUGUUUGAUAGUAUGUAAUGUAUGUGAUGUAUUCUAAAUUGUGUGUGAUCGGUCUACAUGUCGAGUUAUAUAGAAAGCAUUGUCAUAACCGCAUAAGAGAUAUCACGCAACAUGUCUUUGAGAUUCAUUCAUCAAUCAAAAGAAGAAAGAACAUCAAUCAUAUGGAGCACAAUAUAAGAAAUGAGACAUUAUUAUUAGAUUAAGACAUUAUUAUUAUCAUUUCUUCUUCUAGAACAUUCUGGGACUAACAAAAAAUUCGAAAAAACACAACUACAUUUUUGCAUUCUAAUAGGCGGUGGUGGUUGGAGGACUAGCCAUUUUGGAGCAUUGGUGUUUCAUCAUAGGAGGGAAAAACGGGUUGGAUGGAAGAUUUGGUAAGCAGUUAGCUUCAGCGUCAAGGAAAGCUUUACAACAAGCAGGACCAACGCCUUCAAAUUUGCCGGACAUUACGGCUUGUUGAAUCUCUUCAAAGCAUCCCGGCAAAUCCAUCACUGUUGACCAACAUUUGCUCAAGUCGGGACUUCCUGCCAUACCGGGACUUGGUUUGAACGGAUUUGGAAACGGGAACAUGAUUGGGGGAAACUGCGGUAGCUGAGCAUUAACGGAGGCUGCGAUGCAUACAACUACUAGGAGAGAAACAACACUCUUGAUCGACAUGAUGAAUAUUUGGGGGACUAUGCAACAAGAGAAAUAGAUGACUUGAGUUUUGUUUGAUGAGAUAAAGUUAUUGGCUAUGAGAUCCAAUUUAUACUGUAAUUAGUUUGGCGAAACGUAUUUUUAAAAGUUGC